GUCGCAGCCUUGAUCCAUUGCCCAACCGCCACGCAACUACCGUUGAAUAGAAUAACGCGCGACAACGAACAAGUCGGUAUCUCCGGCUAGUCUCCUCCUCCUCCUGAAAUCCGAGCUAUUCGAAAUUUAUCUCCGUGACGGAAUAUACCUCUUCUACAAUCUUCUCAGUAUUCAUCAGCUUUUUCCGGUCGGGCUUAGUGGCGCGAACUGAUUCGGCCUUGUGAGUUUUGUCAGCCUAUCUUUGUCGAUCAGCUCAAUUUGUGGAAGACUAGUUAUUAAAUUUAAAUCCCCCCAAAAAAAGAGAGCUUAUUAUGCAGAUUCGGCGACGGGGAAAACGUUGUAGGCCUGAUUUGCUAAUUCUGUUGUGCUCGAUUCUUCUCAUAUGGAUUCCAGAGUUUAUAGCUGCGGGGACUGUUACACUUGCUUCCAUUGAAAUUUUCAAGACCCAUGAGAUGCUGAAUCUUAAACCUACUGUCUACUUUAAAUGUAAGGGGGAGAACAUGACGACCCUGCCUGAUGUCACUGAAAAGCAUGUGGUUUAUAACUUCAAGGGUGAAGAAUCAUGGCAGCCUUUGACAGAGCUUUUGGAGAAAAAGUGCAAGAGAUGUGGGAUUUAUGAGCAUGACAAGAUAGCAUCAGAUGAUGUAUUUGAUGAGUGGGAGCUUUGUGCUUCUGAUUUCACUGAUGGUAAAUAUAACCAUGUCAAGGAGGGGGAGUUCAACGCUACAUUCUUGUGUUCGGACUGCGUGCCCAGCGAAAAUGGUGAGCGACCUGUAAUUAUUGCUCUUUCCUGUUGCCCUCUAGGUUUGCACAGUUUUUUCUGGAUCCGAGAUGUUUUCUUGAGAUGAAAUCGACAAUAUUUGUAUAUGUGAGAGUUUAUUGCAAUUGAAAUAAUUAGUUGGUAGAACAAGUACACGCUGGUAAAUAUGGAAUGCAAGUAUGGACAUCAUUAACUAUUUGUCUGGCAACAUUGAUUUAAGCAAAGCCAGCUUGAGCUUAUACCUACAUUUUGCAAUGGAAUCAUACCUUUUUCCCCCUGUAGGGGAUGAACUAAGUCCUUGGUUCUUGCGUUUAGUUCAGUAAUCUUUGUCUCUGAUCUAGAACAUGUUUCUCAUUUAUCACCUUGAAAACCAAAAGGGUCCUUUGUCAUGAUAGUUCAUCUUGUUGUUUACCAAGUAUCAUAGAUUAAUUCCUCCUCAACAAAUAUUCGUAAGAGGUGUGUACUAGCCUUUCUGGAUGAAGGCAACAUUUGCUACUAGGUUUCCAAAUAUCUCUUUUGGGUGCAGAUGCAUUUGCUACAAAGAUUUGCAUAUUUUCAAUAAUAUCUUAUAGUUUUUCUAAUUUCUCAUUCCUCAAAUUCAGCUUCUGAACACCCCCCUGGCUCUCAUAACCAUGAGAAAGGAAUGCACUGGACACUUGUGGGGCUUAUAUCUGCUGCAGCGUUGGUGGUUAUAAUUGUUGGGAUUGUGACUGCGCUCAAGUAUUGGCAAAAGAGAAAGAAGCAGCAGGAGCAGGCUAGGUUUCUGAAACUGUUUGAAGAUGGUGAUGAGAUAGAGGAUGAAUUAGGUAUUGGUCCUUUAAGCCAUGUAAUAUAGAUGUACCAUACUUUUGGAGCUGUUUCUGGAAUUAUCUUUGUACAUGCAUUCUCUUGUAUAGUAGCUUCUGGACUGAAUGAAAGUUUUGGCAUAGGAGACACUUUCACGGUGUUGGACAUGUUGGGAGACUGAUCAAUGUAUUGAAGGGAAAAAUGAAACUAAUUACAACUGACGGGGACUACCAUGAACAGAUUCCAUUUAAGUUUAUAUUUUCAUUGCAUGUUAUCUAGAUAGCAAAGUGUAGGAAGAUGGAAAGCCCAUUGCUCUCAAUUGGUUUACUUGUGGACUAACUUUGUUCCAUUGGUAGUUCCAUUAGAACAGUCACAGAACAGAAAACAAUGGAUAUCGCAUUGUGUAAAAACCCAUUCAAAUACCCAACUUCUGAAUUGAACAAAAGUGGAGAAAGUUUGACGACGAAAUGGAGUCCACAGUACAUCAUAGAAUAAAGUUUGAGGUUGUCCAUUCAUCAUAUUCAUUGGUUGGGUAGACACUUAGACAGCAUCAUCAAUGAUCAUCCUCGUACACAGGCACCUGUUUCUCUCUUGAGUUAUUUCUGUAGCUAUAGCUAUGAGACAGCAAACUCCUAUCGUUGAAAGGCCUGUUUGUCAGUCCAUUACAGAGCCAAUCCCUGCUUAACAACAGUAUCUUCAGCUUCUUUUUUGCAUUUGAAAACGAAUGGAUUCAUCAUCAAGAAGUUCUUGAUUCUACCAAAGAGGCUAAGGGAUCCCUGUAGGUGGUACCGUGGUAUCAAAUGAAGUCUCAAAAUGACUGAUUCCUCAGGUUUAGGUUCAUAAGGUUUCUUUUUCUAGAUCGAAUCUUUAUUUUACCAAACAAUAUCAACUGCAUAAAAUUCAAGAAUUAGAACCAGUCAAUAGUAAUGGGAUGAGAACUUCCAUUACAUAAACUCUGUCAUCCAUUUUCCUCCAUGUUCCCGUCUUUCGUUUGUAGAUCUAUUCUCAUCCUUGUCCUAUAUGGUAAAACUCAAAAAGGAUUUGAAAGGGGGAAUAAAACUAGAAACCAAAUUUCGAACAUCAAUAAUUCCCACUCAGCAAAUAAAAGAACAAAACCUCUUUCCUCAUUCAAGAAUAAAUGAGUCGUUUCGAAAUCUAAAAAAGUUAGUAUUUGUUCCGAAUAGAAUUGAGAAAAAAUCUUAUAAAUUAAUAAAUUAUUAAUUUUUCGAUAAAAUAAUAAUUAUUAAUUUAUCAACAAAAUAUAACAAUAAUAAAGUAAUAACAUUUUAUU